GCCAGUUCUAACCUCACAUCUUCCAUAUAAGUAGUAAAAAGAAAUUUCUUGAUUAAUAUGAAUCAAGCAGAAAUUACCAAAUUAGUUUCUAAAUUAAGGAUAAGAGCAAAUCCUAGACUAAGAAAAUUCAGAAGCAUAGAGGGCCCUGAAGGUAGAUUAAAUAAACUUCGAAAAACCGUAACUGCUUUAAUCAAACAUGAGAGAAUCGAAUUAAAUUAUCCCAGAGCAGAUGAGUCUAGAAUGUAUGCAGAAAGAUUAAUUUCAGAUGCCAUAAGAUAUGGAGACUGUCACAAAACAACAAUGGAAAUGGCUGAUUACUGGUUAUUAGAAAAACAAUUAGUGCACAAGUUAUUCAAAGUACUUGCACCUCGUUAUGAAAAUUAUACAAUUUCUUAUACUCGUUUAGUAAAGGUACCAAAAUUAGAUGGGGCAACUAGAGAUAAAGCAGUACUAGAAUUGAGAGGCAACCCUUAUCCUUCUUUAAACCCGGAAAAUAAUUCCAAAAGUGAAUUAUUACACAAUGUUCUUUUAUCUGAAGCUAGGAAAGCUUAUAGAAUGGAAAAAUAUAAAGAAAUUGCUGCUAAAGUGGAGGGAAAUAUUAAAGAAAAUAGUCAAAGUGCUUCUAAUGUAGAAACAGACAGUAAGGAACCAAAUGUUCAGCAGAAUAGUAAUGAUGAACCAAAAUUAGACCAAAAAGAUACAGAUAAAAAGAUGGAUGGUAAAGAGUGAAUGCUAAAGUUAGAUUUAUUAAUUUUAAUUUGAAUAACGUUUAGUCCUAUAUAUUGUUCUCAUACAAGUACAUUUACUAAAUAAAUCUGUGGAAUCAUUUGAAGUGGGCAUAUUAAUUUGUGGUGGAAAGAAAUAACUGUUUUUGAAUUUUCGUUUCGACAUAAAUAAUAAUUUUUCUUUAUAUCUCGAUCAAAAGUAUCUACUUUCCAUCCUAAGAGCAGGGAUGAAAGUUCCCCGUGCUUCAUGGCGAUCAGGACUGAGAUUAUUGGGUUUUAAUUUAUUGAAUUCUAUCAUAAUUUAUUACAAUAAUUCAGUUAUUGACAUUUCAAAAUUAAUAUUGGAAACAAUUAAACUAUAUCAUUGAAAAAGUGACUCCAAUAAUUUGGUAUAUUUAGAAUGACAUUAUGUGAUAGGUAUAAUAAACUCAUAUGUUGAAGAAAGAAGGAAACUGAAAUAUAAACUUCGAGAGGUGUUUUCUGGACCCGGUUAUAACUCUUCACUAGCUUCUUUAUUGAACACUGUCAUUCCAAAAAGCACCUGAUAGAUUAGGUCUAGCAAAAACUGAUAAGUGAAGAUUCUAUGGGGAAGAGCAUGAAACUCUGGUUCAUCUGAUUGUAGAAUUACUUAUCACAUACAAAAAUUUUUUAGGACAAACAACUUCCUUUAAUCCAGUACAGAUACUGUAGUUUGUUAGAAUUAUGGAGCUGGAAGGUGAGCUGUAGAUAGCUAAAGCAACUUUGAUAAGGGAGUACAAUAGACCUUAUUCCUUUAAACAGAACAUUCGUCUGUCAGACAGAUAUAGUUUACAGAUUUGGUACUAGACCUCGCUAGGAAGCGAGUAAAGGGGUAGGGUUUCGUAUAUCCCUCAGUCUUACCCUAUUCUUCACUGAUACUGGACGUUCGCUGCCUUUCACCGGACCCUAGUAAUUACAAAGGUUAAUUAUUUGUCCUUUUAUUAGGUACUUUUUUGUGAUAUUUGGCAGUUUUUUAACAUAACGUAGUUAAAAAGAAGAUAAAUGUAAAUAUUUAGACUAGGGGCUCUACUUUAAACUUAUUCCAAAAAUUUUCUUGUGUGUAUAGGGUUGUUUUUAGUGCUCCGAAAGUACUUUAAAGGUGGGAGAGACACAUAUUUUCUAACAUAAUACUCAUUACCUAAUGCAUAUUAAAUGUCAGUCAUUAUCCAAUCAUAUCUGAAUAGGCCGUCAUCGACAGCAAAAGCACAUGAGGUUAUGAUAGGUUGGAUCAAUCGUUGAAAGCUUAUCGUGAAAAGUGCAUGUUAAUCUUGGAUGGUUACAUUGCGGAAUUUCAGUUUAGACGCCGUUAUGCUAACCACACUGAUAGCUUGCAUACGUAUUUUUUUUUCCAAAUUACUUCAUCAAUAUCAAAUUAUAUCAAAAAUUUAAAUUAUAAUUUAUUCCUCUUAUUUACUUAGUCAAGUAAUCAAACGCUAAUCUUCUUCCCGUGUAUCAGUCAGGGUUUCUUAGGGGGCAUAGCAAAGUAACUGUAAACACAGCAACAUAAUAAGAGCAUUGGAUAAGGAGAAGGGUAUCAUACCCGUCUCCUUGGAUUACUUUAAGGCAUUUGAUGUGUUGGAUCAUGAUCUUCUUUGUGCAAAGCUGAAAUAUCUUGUGAAUUGUACAGAUCAGAGUUCAUCUGAGGCUGACGAAAUAGUAUCUGGUGUGCUGCAGAGUUUACUAAUUGGCCCACUUUUGUUCCUCGUACAUGUCUUUGAUAUACAGGUAUGACAGUGUCUCUCAAUCUCACAUUCAAUCAUAUGCAAAUUACACUCAGGUCCUACACUACUUUAAUCCUGCAGAUCCAGAUGCAGCAGCUACAUCAUACUACAGGUCAUACAUAAAGUAUGACCAUAUUUUUUUCCAAAAUUAAUGAAUUAAAUUGGUUAAAAAUGUCGAAUAUUGCUAACCUUCAUUUUAUGUGUCCUCUUAAAAAAAUGUUACAACAUUUGACACCUGAUUAUUUGAGAGAUAAACUUUUUUUUCGUGCAAAAAUACAUAAUGUAGCUGUCAAAGGUUAUAAUGCUCUCCAUGAAGGCCUCAAAUUGUGUGGCAUCUAUUUUUUAACUAAAACCAUUUUUUACGAGUAGCUGUAUUGGAGCUGUGAAAUAGAGCAACACGAGUGCAGUAAAUGCAUCCAAUUAUCCCAGCUACAUUGUAUUUUAUAAUGAACCUGAAACAUUUCAAAUUUAUAUUAAACUGAAAAUGAAUAAUAAGUCAUUUUUUCCUUACUUUCUUCUAAUAUCAUUUACCUCAGAAAUUUUUUGGAGGAAUUUUAUGAAUGCAUCAAUUAUUUCCUUUCUAUUGAAUACCUCAAUAAUUUUGUGAAUACAUCGACUCACCGAUGGAUUAGGAGGUACCCAACAAUAAUUAUUACCUACAUCUUGCUAGUAACUACCAGCGCCAAAACACUUCAACGCUGCCAAUAACUAAAUGAAAUCAUUUCAUUUUAACAUUUAGAUAGCAUCGAAAACUUUUAAUAGUAUAUCAAUUUUAUAUUAAAUACCUAACAGUUACAUAGUUGCAAUAAGUUUAUAUAAAUCAAAACCAAAUAAAAAGUGAAACAGUUCUUACUACUAUAGUUUUUACAGGUUCGUCCAGAUAUAUUCUUAUAGUUAAUGGAAACAAUUUCUGAAAAUGCUGCCUCUAAUUUAAUUUCAGGAUUUAGAAAAUGUUGCAUUGUACCUUGUGAUGUAAGCCCUCUAAUAGAAAUUUUAGGUGUUUGCAAUUUGAACAAAUUUAGGAAUGAAUAUGAUAGGAAUAAAAACGAAAUAGAAAAUUCAUUUAUAACCUAUUGACAGUACCAGCUGGAAAAAGCAUUGCACACGGAGAAAUAAGUUCCACUGACCUGCCUGCGGGAAUUUCCGGAACUUCAAAAGAAAAAGAACAAGCGACUGACGAUGUUUCUGAAGAAGACGUGCCGCUCUGUGGUCCACUUCUGACAUUCUGACAUUAUCUAUGUCUGAUGUCGACAUAGAUAAAGUAGGGGAUAUGGAGGAAGAGAAUGAUUUUAGCAAAAAACUAAACUCUUACUACUUCAGUAAAACCAGUGCUCAGCAAAUUAAAGAAUCUGGACUGUAGAAUGGUUGGUGAAUACAUUCUGUUUCUGUACGAAAACGACGUGUAUCCUAGAGAAAUAACUUCGGUGGACUAAGAUGGUGCUAUCAUUAAUGCCAUGGUUAGAGCAUUAUAAUUUUGGAAGUGGCCUCAAAACGUAUUGAAGUUUGGUACAAAUGGGAUCAAAUACAAAAUGUGGCCUGUAUACUGUACGAGAAUGUGACAAACUGUGGUGGAAUUAAUUUUUUGGAUUUAAGUAACUUUAGAUAUAAUAAAUGUGUUUAUUCCAUAACGUUUUAUAUAUUUUGUAGGCAAUAAACGACUACAAUAUUGAAAAAGGU